CUUGGUCUGUUCACAGCCCUUGGCCCUCUAGAGAAGAGACUUGCUGGUAGGGCUGCUGACGUGUUGCCAAUAGAUCGGUGCUGCAAGGCAAGGUUAUUCCUAAACAAGCUGAGCCUGGCAGGAGGAAAGCGUUUUCACCCCACACCACUGUGCAGGUGUGCGGUGAGCUCACAGCUGCCCCCAGGCAUGCCCAGCCCACUUAAUCAUUCACAUCUCGACAGCUCUCCAGCCCAGCCCAGUUCUGGAGGGGAUAAAAGGGGCUUGCAGUUCCCAGUAACACAGCCACCUCUGCCUGCUCCUGAGCUCUGUUCUUGCCAGUACUUCCCAAUCCUUCAGUGCCCAGUACUCUUGCUCCACCAGGAACAAGCCAUCAUGUCUCGCCAGUCGAGCGUCUCCUUCCAGAGCGGGGGCAGUCGUAACUUUAGCACUGCCUCAGCCAUCACCCCCUCUGUCUCUCGAACCAGUUUUACCUCCGUGUCCCGAUCUGCGGGUGGUGGUGGCAGCUUUGGCAGGGUCAGCCUUGGUGGGGGUGGUGGAGCAGGUGGCUAUGGCAGCCGGAGUCUCUACAACCUGGGGGGCUCCAAGAGGAUCUCCAUCGGCGCUAGCAGCGGUGGCUUCAGGAACCGAUUUUGUGCAGGUGCUGGAGGUGGCUAUGCCUUCGGAGGCGGAGCCGGGAGCGGAUUUGGUUUUGGCAGUGGAGCUGGUGGUGGCUUUGGGCUUGGUGGUGCAGCUGGCUUUGGAGGGGGCUUUGGUGGCCCUGGCUUCCCUGUUUGCCCCCCUGGAGGCAUCCAAGAGGUCACCGUCAACCAGAACCUCCUGACUCCCCUCAACCUGCAAAUUGACCCCACCAUCCAGCGGGUGAGGACCGAGGAGCGGGAGCAGAUCAAGACCCUUAACAACAAGUUUGCCUCCUUCAUCGACAAGGUGCGGUUCCUGGAGCAGCAGAACAAAGUCCUGGACACCAAGUGGACCCUGCUCCAGGAGCAGGGCAACAAGACUGUGAGGCAGAACCUGGAGCCCUUGUUCGAGCAGUAUAUCAACAACCUCCGCAGGCAGCUGGACAGUAUCCUUGGGGAGAGAGGCCGCCUGGACUCUGAGCUGAGGAACAUGCAGGACCUGGUGGAGGACUACAAGAAUAAGUAUGAAGAUGAAAUCAACAAGCGUACCACUGCUGAGAACGAGUUUGUGAUGCUGAAGAAGGACGUGGACGCCGCCUACAUGAACAAGGUGGAGCUAGAGGCCAAGGUUGAUGCACUGAUGGAUGAGAUCAACUUCCUGAAACUCUUCUUUGAGGCGGAGCUGGCCCAGAUACAGACUCAUGUCUCAGACACGUCUGUGGUGCUGUCCAUGGACAACAACCGCAGCCUGGACCUGGACAGUAUCAUCGCCGAGGUCAAGGCCCAGUACGAGGACAUUGCCAACCGCAGCCGAACGGAAGCCGAGUCCUGGUACCAGACCAAGUAUGAGGAGCUGCAGCAGACAGCUGGCCGGCAUGGCGACGACCUCCGCAACACCAAACAUGAAAUCUCCGAGAUGAACCGGAUGAUCCAGAGGCUCAGAGCUGAGAUAGACAAUGUCAAGAAGCAGUGUGCCAACCUGCAGAGCGCCAUUGCUGAUGCUGAGCAGCGUGGGGAGCUGGCCCUCAAGGAUGCCAGAAAUAAGCUGGCAGAGCUGGAGGAUGCCCUGCAGAAGGCCAAGCAGGACAUGGCACGGCUGCUGCGAGAGUAUCAGGAGCUGAUGAACACCAAGCUGGCCUUGGAUGUGGAGAUUGCCACCUACAGGAAGCUGUUGGAGGGCGAGGAGUGCAGACUGAGUGGAGAAGGAGUUGGACCAGUCAAUAUCUCUGUCGUCACAAGCAACGUCUCUUCCUACGGCGGUGGCAGUGGCUUUGGCAGUGGUGGUGGCUUCGGCAGUGGUGGUGGCUUCAGUGGAGGUCUUGGCAGCGGUCUUGGUGGAGGUGGUGGCGGGAGCUACUACUCCAGCAGCAGUGGGGGCAUUGGCCUAGGCGGUGGGCUCAGCGUUGGAGGCUCUGGCUUCAGUGCCAGCAGUGGCCGAAGCCUGGGAGGAGGCUUUAGCACUGGUGGGGGCAGCAACUCCAGCAUCAAAUUUGUCUCCAGCACCUCUUCCACCCGGAAGAGCCUCAAGAGUUAAGAGUCCUGCACCAACUCACUGCUCCCAAGUGUAGCAACCGAGCCCAUGGUAACUGUCUCUUCUAGGCAAUUGCCUAAGCCAAAGUUUUCUGUUUUCUGGAGUGUAGUCUAGACCAAUCCUACUUCAGAAUCACAUUCUUUGGUCCACUAGAGUGCCCAAGCCCCAGUCUCUAGUCUCCCAUGUCACAAUUUUAUGUUCUACUUCAAAUCAGCCUUUAGGUGCCUAUAGAAUGGUCCUUGAUGACAAAGGAAUCCAAAAUUUUCCAGUAUCUAAACCAUCAAAACAGAAUCCUCAUCCCAACCCCCUACUUCAUUCUGGUUCUGACUACCUCCAGAGUCUGUUCAAAUAAAAUGCUUUUAUAAUAUAA